AUGGUGCGUGAAACCCGCCAUUUGUGGGUCGGAAACCUUCCGGAAAACAUCAGAGAAGAAGAAAUAGUCAAGCACUUCACUCGGUAAGACUCUUAUCGUCGACUUUUGGCGCGCUUGAGUUCAUCUUACUCCUAUUUGUUCUAAAAUUCGCACCUUGGCCGUGUUGAUGCCGCUCGUCCACUCAAUUUUAUCGUUUGAGGGUUAUUUUACCGUAUCGUGAAUCGACAAGCUUGGUUUUAUUCUCUUUUGCCCAGCUGUUGCUUGGAAAAUAUAUUCUAUGUUUUAGGUGAUGUUAAAGGCUUGUAGUAACGCCAGAAGAUUAUCUACGUUUUAGCUCGGUUGAUCUUUAAAUUGCCUUUUAAUCUUCUCCACUUUAUUUUGAGAUUGAUCAAGACAUGAAACAAUGCUUCUUUUAAUUAUUGCUUGAAAUUCCGUCUUCGCGUUUGACAUGCCCCACAUGAUAAUAGAAAGUUCUGGUGUUGUCGGAACGGUAGUAGCUUACAAGUUAAAAUUACUUGUUUUGAUCCCGUCAUUUUGGGAGUUUUUCGCGUUGUAUUGCAAAGUAAAUAAAUAGGAUUGCAGUGAGACGUCAGGAUUGAGUCUCUGAAAGAAUAAACGUGGAUAUACACCUGUGAAAAGUUUAAGAGAAGUUAGGAAAGUGAUUUUCAAUUUCUUUUAACACCCGCCCCGUUGGCUUCCCGGAAGUUUCGUGUUCCACGUCAUCAAACGCUAGUUUCGCUUUCUUUUUGUGCUGCUUAAACUAUCUCUUCGCUUCUUUUUAUCUCGUAGAUAUGGCCGGGUAGAAAGCGUCAAAAUCUUGCCAAAACGUAGCGCAGAAGGAGGAAGAGCAGCUUUUGUAGAUUUCGUGGAUAUUCGAAGCGCUACCAAAGCGCACGAAUCUGUGAAUCGAAUCGGUGACCGCGAAAUGCGUACUGAUUACAACGAGCCGGGCAAUGCGGGUAAUAUCUCCCGGCUGCACGGGCAUACGGACCCUCCCUCGAGACCUACGGGUAACACAGCCCCGGGAUCGCCCGCACAAAGACGGCGAUUUGAGAGAAGACCGGAGGGGUAAGUGAAAAGGUUCAUGAGAUAUUUCAUAUGUGUAAGGGCUUUUUAGUGAUGGCGGCCUCGUGUGGAUAGUUAAAACGUUGGCGUGUUAGAGGAAAAUACUGUAAGUAUUUGGGACAAGAUGCAUUGUAUGGUUUAUGGUAUGGUGUGGUUUCUCAAAGAUAGCAAAACAUUUGUAUUGAAACACAUUCACAGUGCUUUAACUCCUUUACUUGGCUACAUGCUGGUGAAUUGUGGUGUACAGAAUUCAAAUAAUUAUUGAUCAAGAUCUGGUAGCCUCAUCCCUCUUGGCAUUUUACUUCUGGAAAACAAGGAUGUCACUGCAACUCAGAUAAAAUGAUGUGGAAUUUUUGGAAAAGAAAGUGUGUUUGCAAGGACAACAGCUUGAAAGAAAUGUCACCUUGUGGAGAUGUCAACUUGGAAAGGUUUAAGGAUGUGAAAAGCAACAAGUGAUUUCUAAUCUAUGAUUACCUGAUGUUAUUGGAUUAACAACAUUAGAGGAGAGAUUUUUACAUGUACAACAUUUACAAUAACACUCCCUGAAUUAGUCGGACAAGGAACAAGUGAAACAUUUCAAGAUUGUAUGGUAAAGUAGUGCAUCUCUGUGGAAGAGAAGAAAACUGUCAGUUAUGUGGAUCAAGACUACAUCAAACUUACAGCUUUAAUUUCAAGUUUGUGGAUGAAUUUUUCCAAGUUUGGCCAUUGAUUUGUGUGGCUUUCAUCUUGUGUGGUGUCAAGUUCCAUUCCACAGAUGAAGCAAGAUUAUCAAUUCCAAUUGUCCAGGCAUCUAAUAGAUCACAAGUUGUAGGUUUGGAUUGCUGGCUUUUCUUUUGUCUGUUACAGAUGGUGCCACCAGUAACUGAUCAUGCUGUUUUUCGUGAAUGUCUGUUUCAAUCACAGCUCUAUACUGAUGGUCAUACCCUGUCUUAACACAGUUUCAGCUGGUCAUCUCUUAGUGAAGUAACCUUUGUCUGUAAAUGUUUAAAUUUCCCAAAAUACUGACCCUGUUUGUUCAAUAAGGAAUGACUCAUCAGUGUUACUGUUAAGUUCCAACAAUUGCUUAGAGUUUUUACCAAAAUCUCCUUAACCAAGAUCGUUAGCAAUUCCACAAAAGAUGUUUUGUCAUUUGGUCUAGAAAGUAUGACGUGGAAAACAUUGAGGGAAGUUCAGGAUUUAGAACAUGGUUUAUGCAAACUUCUUUCUGGAUUACAGAUGUUUUUAGAGAGGCUCCAAAUGUGUAUGGAUAAAGGAAGAGAUUGUGGAAUAUGGAAUUUUUUUCAAGCAACUUGGAUAAACAGCCUCCAUGGAUGUGAGGUUAUCAACACAAUAAAGUUCCUCAUACAUUAAAGCUGUGGUGAAGUUUUUCCAUGAAAAGUGGCAUUGAAUCCAUCAAUGUAUUUGGCUGUGAAACAACAGGAUUCCAUCCUUGGCAAACCUGACUUGCUGCCUCUCUUAUUUGAUCUUGUCUCAGUCUGACAUCAUUAUUGUCUUUGAGUAUUUUCGCCAUCUUCUAUGUCCUAUUUGGAUCAGACCAAGUUAACUUGUGAAAGUCUAUUGAAAUAAAUCUUUGUACAGAACCAUGCUAGCCUUUGAGUAUCUCAAAUUGCCUCGAUCAUUGUAUGGAGUGUAGGGAGUGUUUUGUGGCUUAAAAGUUUUAUGGUCUUCAUGUGUUGUAAGUGUUAUCUCUUUGUGGCCAUUGGAUCUCAGUGGGGAUGACCUUAAAUUAAAAAAAAUAUUUGCAUUGAAGAGUUCUUGUGAAGUGUGGUGUUCUUGGGCAUGAAGCCCAGUUAGGGUUGUAUUCAAUCAGGUUAGUAUUUUACUCAUUCAAAUAUACACCUGGUUGACCUGAUCAUUACUUUUAGAGAACAGUGUUGUUUUAGGCACCUUUGGGAAUGAGUAAUUCUUGGAGCUGACUAUGUGAGCUUAAAAUGUGAAGCUUUACUUCUAACACUUGAAAAGAGGGGUGGGUGAAAGAUUAUGGAGGAAAUAAUGAAAAAAUACACUGUAAUCACAAAUAGUUAUUGUCUAAACUAUUAUUAUUAUUAUUUAGUUGAACAAAGUUAAUUUAGGUUUGUUUUUCACAGUAGUGGACCUGAUGGACGUUACAAUGGUCGAUCGCAAGCUUUUUACCAAGAUGAUUACAGUGAAGAUGAAACUGGAUCCUCUAGGGUUUCUGCUAAAGGAGGAGGCACUGCAAGCCGAUCAAGACCUCGUAGUAGUGGAGAUCAUCGGCGUCAACCCUAUAGUCAUGAACCUCGCCGAAAUACUCACAAGUUACCUGGUGAGUUCAUGAAGGCAUGUCAUGAAAUAGUGAGCAUGGCUCCUGCUGAUGUGCAUGAUAGUACUUGUAUCCUGUGAAAUGUAAUAUGUCACCUUUUGCAAGCAGUCAUAAUGUUGUCAGGUAGAUUGUGUUUAGUAGAUGUGGUUUGUGGACAGUUGACAAUGAUCUGUGAGAGUUGGUAAAAGUUGUGCCUUUGCAUUAAAGAAAGAAAAUGAAUUAUGACCCAAUGUUAACAAAACCACAUCUAUCAUCAUUCUUUGUUUAGAAGCAUAUCGUGAUCAGGAGCCCAGUCCAGAUCGCACCAGCGGCAGUGAGAGUGGAAGUGAGAGCAGCCAUAGUGGGAGUCAGUCUGCCAGUUCAAGUGGCAGUAGCAGCAGUGAGGAAGAUAGCAGGGCUGGAAGUGCACAUGGAAAUGCAGCACCACCGGCAGAAGUACCUCAGAGUACAAACAGAACAUCGGCUCUUUGUUUGAGGAAUAUUUCAUUGAGAUCUGGAGGUAGGUAUUAAGUAAUUUAUGGUUUCACAAGGAAGGCAAAUUGUAUGUUAUCUUUUGUUCAAUCAUACAAGGUGUACUAUCUAUUAAAUCUCAUCAACUUCACCUUAUGAUAUCUAAACUUUGCUCUGUGAUUGGUCCUGUUUUGCAGUUUAGUAAAUAUCCACCUAUGGUCUUCUCCGGUUUAGUGAAUAAUUGUUAAGUAUCAUAACAUUUUUAGGAUCGUUUUAAUUAAAUGAGCUAAUCUGUCCUCUCUGAUUUUGUAGAUAGUGGUGUCCGUGAUGGUCUUUACCAUGAGUUUAAAAAGCAUGGGGAUGUGACACGUAUUUCUGUAAAUGGGCAAGGAACCAGCAGAUAUGCUAUUGUACAAUUUAGAAGGUGAAUAAUGAACUCUCCAUAUGAAACUUCUAUUUAAAUAAGCUUCUGAACCCAUCAUGCUUUUAGUUGAGGAAAUCAACCUUACUAACAAAUUGUGGAUUUUUAACCCUUUCAAUCCCAAAAUUUCUUUAAUAAUUCUUCUUACUGUCUGUGACACAAUUCUUUAUGAUGUUAGUUCCCCUGUUGAUAUUUUCUCUAUUCUUAUCAAUUUGCUUGCUUUAUAUUGCAUUGAUAUUGUAAGGAGAAAUUCUAUCUUGGCCACCCAGGGGAGUAAAAGGAAAAAGAGCUUGUUCAACCAACCAUUCAAUCAUGUAGGGUUUACUUACAGUUUUGUCAUUUUGAUUUUUGUUAGACCUGAAGAUGCUGAAAGAAGUCUUGAAGCUUGCCGUGGCAAGAUGUUCCUUGGUUCUGAGAUGGAUCUUCAGUAUUGGCAAAGUUAGUUUUAGGAUCAGACUUUUUAUAGCAUCAACCAUUAUGAAUGUGUUGUCUCAUCCAUUCUGCUUAUGGCAAGAAUGGCCUAGCCAACUAUUGGUCUCCCUUAGCUCAGUGGUUGAGUAUACAAACUACAUCUCUGAAUGUCGUAGUUUUGAUUCCAUUGGGAGCCCUUAUAGAUCUUUUCUUUGAGUAUGCCUGUGCAUUCACUGAAUAAAAUCAUCUUUCAGUGGAGAAGAAUGGAGUUGUGUGAUUCUGAUUCUAAUAUCUGACAUUUCACUGGACUUACUACACAUGUGUUUACUUUUUUGUCAUUUGUUUUGCCUAGAAGAGGAUUGAAAUAGUUUGAUUGUAAUACUUUUCUUUUCCCAGCUGAGCGCUAUGAUAGCAGUGAACACUCUCGUCAUCGCGCACAUGCUAGUUCCUUGAUGGAUGAAGAGUUUGAUCCUGGUUGUACUCGCACUCUGUUUGUUGGGAACAUUGAAAAGUCAACAACAUACUCUGAUCUUAAGGAAGCAUUUGAGAGAUAUGGUGAAAUUGUGGUAAGUUUACCAUGUUAACUCAAUGAAUGUUUUGGGAUAUCUGCCGAAGAUGGCAUAAGCAAGAUAAUACAAUAAUAGCCUGAGCCUUGCUGUUAAAGGGCUGAUAAUGCAGUCCAGUGGAUGAGUGUUAACUAAACAUACUGCGCUUGUGCUAUCCCCCAGUUACAAAUUUUGAGAUAUAUGCAGUGGAUAGUGUUAUCCACCAUCCGAGCAACCAGGCACUAAAAAAUAACAUAGAAACAUUCCAGCAAUCCUAUGAAUUUUUUGUCAAGAAUAAAAUGAGAUGAAGAAGAAAAUAAUCAUUUUGUACAUUAAAAUGGUGCAGCAAGGACUUAUGAAACCUCCUCUGUUGUAGGAUGUUGAUAUCAAGAAACAGACUGGAAACAAUCCUUAUGCCUUUAUUCAAUUUGUUGAGCUCAGCAGUGCCAUACAGGCACGUAGACGAAUGGACAGAGAAUUUGUUGGCAGGAAUAGAGUCAAGGUACCUGUCAUGAAACAUUGCAUCGUGUCUUCUUAUUUGCGUUAUUGUCUUUGUGCUUCUGAAACAUUGUGUGUAAAUGUGCUGACUUUUUUAUGUUCUGAGUUCAUUGAUUCAUGUUGUUGGAUGUCAGGAUGUAAGGUAGCUGUUAUGAUAUUAAGCUUGGUUUUUUCAUUGAGAAUCAUGAGUAAAUUCUCCUCCCACAAAGCAUCAAACUUGUAACAACACCAUUAAUGAGAAAUGUUCCAAUGUGACAUUCAGAAGCCUCUUGGUACUUAAAACAAACCAUUUGCUAAAUCAGUUAUGAAAGACCAAGUGAUGUAAGAUACAAAAUGCAAAUUUACCUCAUCACAAGCAUGGAACAAGCAAAUAUUUCAGUUUCCAGAGUAUUCAAGUUACACUUUAAGCAUGCAUCCUGGGGAUCAUUUUGUGAUGUGCUAUUCAAACUCUACAACCCAAGUUUGCCGAACUGUAUGGGUUAUUAGCACAUUUGUAACCUUUUUACUCCCAAGAACUGAUUUAAAUUAUCCCCUCUAGCUGCUACAUAUUUUCUUUUUUAAAUUUUUGUAACUAAUUUCAAAAUUGGGUACAAGAAUUUAGUUGUAGGUUUGAAUAUUGUCAUUACCUGUUUUCUGGAUAGUGUAUGGAUAUUUAUGGGGAGAAGUUACAUGUUAAUCACUUCUGGGCGUUGAAAGGUUAAGCUUACAUUGCAGAGACUUAUUUUGAAGCAAAAGUCUGGCUGUAGUUUGUACUAAGCCAGUAAAAAUGGAACAUUUUUACUCAUCUUUGAGGCUAUCAAACUUGUUUCUCAUUCAUCUUGAACUAUUUCUGUUCCAGGUUGGUUUUGGUAAGGUGUCCCCCAUUAACACCAUCUGGGUGGGGAUGAUUGGGGAUCUAAGUGAGCAGCAGAUCGAGAGACACUUCAGUCGAUAUGGGCGUGUCACCAAGGUGGUAGUGAAUUAUCAUCGAGAGCAGGCCCUGGUGAGUUUUGACAGCGUGGAGUCUGCCAGCAUUGCUCAAGGAGAGAUGAAGGGUAGAUCUAUGUUUGGAAGGCGUGUGAAGGUAAGAGUGGCCUCUUGGAGAAAAACUAUUGGAUCAAUAUUGGAUCAAUAUCAGUAUCUGGGCAACUGCCCACCUACCCCUCCCCUCCCUUAACCCAACAACAGUCAAUUGAUGACAAGUUAGGGUUAAUGUUGGGUUAGGGGAGGGGUAGGUGGGCAGUUGCCCAGAUACUGAUGUUGAUCCAAACUAUUUUAUUGCAAUGUUGUGUGACUGCCCUUAGGAUGUAGUAGAUGUUAGUGAGUGGCAUUGGUUUCUCUUAUUUGCCCAGGUGCUAAGUAGAAACGCCCUCACUUUGUGUUGAAUUGCAACCUCGUUAUGAAAUACGUUCGGUAGUGCUUGGUAUAAAUUACUUGAAGUUAUGUUUUUGUAAUGUUGCCUUAUCUCUUGCCUUUUUACUUGAUUAUUUUCUCAUCCUCUAAAAUGGUUUCCAUACAGGGUAAACUGUCUUAGAAUAGUUGUUUUCGUAAGCAACAAGAAUAAUUCUCACCUUAACCAGCUUUAGAGUGGUCCAACUGCAGAGAUAACGUUAAGUCGAAAAAAUAUGUCUAUUUGAACGAUUUCUCAUGAGGUUUAUCCUAUGUUGUCUUGAUGAUCCAGGUUGAAUUUGUUAGUCGCGAUAGCCGACAACUUUUUAACGACGCCUUGCAGCGUUCGGCCCCGUCUGACAGCAGCAGCAGUAGCCGGAGAUACGAACCAUCAUCCCCCAGAACACGAGGCAGAGGCAUCGGCCCUGGGUAUUAUGAUAAUCGGUGGGAUAGAGGUCGAGGAGGACGUGGGAUGAUGAGGCGCGAGAUGUCCAAUCACCGACCUUGGCAUAGAAGCGGCGGCAACUAUGACUAUCCUGAGGGCAGCGGUUACCACCAGAAAGGCCAUGCUCGUUACCGCUCGUCGUAUGAGAUGGGUGGAGACGAGUCAGAUGACUAUGAUCAAGAACUGCGGGAUUAUAACUUCAGUCGACAGAGAGAGAGAGAAAAAGAACAGGGCCGGCAGAGACAUGAGAGAGGCACACGAGACAGGGACAGGGAAGAUGGCACCUACAGUGCAAAUGAACGCUUUUAUCAAGACAAUCAAGAACGCUGGCCGGAGAACAGAAGUAGCUCGGGCUCCUACGAAGAACCACGAGAUCGUAAAGACACACGUUCGCGGGAAUUCCCGGUCGAACCUGACCGAGAAAGAGCUGGGUAUAGUGAAGAUGAUGAGCGGGCCGCCGUGCACAGUAAGCCGUCAAGUCGUGACAUUGAGCAGGAAGAAAAGCGACCGAAAAGGAAGGACAAAAAGAGAAGGAAACCUCGCUCGCCUACUCCUGAAACGGUGGAUGGAGAGAAAGAAACUGUAAGUGGAGGUGAGGGGUCUGCGGAGAAGCGAGGUCUCGAGGAGAAGGAGCCGAGGAAAGGAAGUAGAGACGGUGAUACCGCGACUGCUGUACAAAAGGGUAAAGAGGGGACGCGGGACGAUGUCUGGGACGAGCGACGGGUGGACGGUAAUGGUACCAGGGCUUUAGAAACACUUGUUAAAGACGGCGAGAGGGAACUUGCUCCAGCAUCUCCUCCGCCUGAAAAGGGCGUCAGAAAAAAGGAGAAAAGGGAUGUAAAGAAAAGAAGGAAACACAGGCGUUUUCGAGCUUCGCUGGGCGAAGAAGAGGAAGAGCGAGAGCUGCAGGAAGAAACUGCGCUCACUGAGGAUGCAGCUGGUAAGGAGGCCUCUGAUGUGGCGGUGUCUGUCAAUAAACCAAGAGACAGUGUUGCUGCUGACUUGCACACACCUGAAAUCAGGGAUGGCCAUGUUCCUGAAAGUAAGAGGUUUGGUCAACCCGAAUUUGAAAGUAAGAAACCUGUUCGAAGGCAUUCUGCGGAGGACAGGCCGUCUAGGGAAGAAAGGGAAUUUCCACGCGAAUCUGGGAGCCGCUCACCUCGGAAGUCGCACAGAGACGAGCGAAGGCGUGACUGGGAGAAGACGGAUGGUGUGAGACAAAAACGACGACGGACGUCGGACGGUGAAUCGCCACCACCACCCCCUCCACCUCCACCUCCGCCCCGAGAGGCUUCAGAAGGCUACCCACCCACCGAGAUGUUAACAAGAGUAGGCCCAUCUCCAGACGGGCUUCCCGCACAGGUGUCAUCAUAUGACAUAGCUACAGCACCGCCAGUACAUUAUGAUGGAACUCGGUCGGUGCCCUUGGGAUCUUCCCCUGCUACUCUUAGUCCCAUUCCCCCUCCUGGUAUACCGCUGAACCCAGCGGUCGCGGCCUCAGCGAACGUUUCCACACCUCCAUUAACAGUGCACUCUCCCGGGUUACCUAUUGGGGUACCUGUGGCACCAGAUUUGGGAUCUCCCCAAGGGCUACCCCCUCCUCCCCCACCACACUCUGACUACAACCUUCCGUCAGCUGUCCCACAGCCGUCGAACACGGACACGUUGUUAGACCUAUUGCGGCGGUAUCCAGUCGUCUGGCAGGGGCUACUGGCUCUGAAAAACGACUCUGCAGCCGUUCAAAUGCAUUAUCUGGCCGGUAAUGGUCGCUUGGCGGAGGUAUCCUUACCACAGGCACCUACCAAUGGGGUAGGAGGUGUCCCUCCUCCAAUUCGAAUCGCUCAGCGUAUGAAGUUGGAACCGUCACAGUUGGAAGGUGUCAUAAGGAGGAUGCAGGUAGGCGGCCGUGACACUCAACGGUGUACUGCACACGAACUGGGUCAUUUUUCGUUUUGUGUAAAAACUUCUUGCAGCUUGUUAGUUUAGUGAGACAGAAUUACCUAAAAGAGGAAACAAAGCGGCAGAUGAAUAUAGAUGACCAGAUAGGAAUAGAUUUAAACGGAUUGUUAACAACGAUCUAGAAAAAUUUUGGCUUAAUUUGUCGGGAUGAGGACGCCUCGACGUAGCCAUUUUAAAUCACUAUAAUUAGCACGAAAAAUAAGGCACGUUUUGUUUUGGUAACUUUGCACAACCUCUAAGAAAACAUUUAGGACAAACUCGUGGCAGAAUUCAACUCAAGGCUAUGACAGUGUAACUCAAACUUUUAAAGUAUAGAAACACCCGACCUACGGUUUUUCCACUUGUAAUCUUGUUCUUGGCAUAUCUCACCUUGGAAGUGUUGUUUGAGUAUUGGUCAACAACAUAGGGCGUGUAGUUUUAUAUUAUGAGAUUUAACCGCGCUUUCUACAUCACAUAAGCUCACCACGGUCUUGGCGAUUUUCUCAACAGUCGGACAAAGAUCACUGUCUUCUGUUGGCGCUGCCUUGUGGCCGAGAUCCUUUGGAUGUCCACGCCCAAACACGCGCGCUAAAGAGUGGUUUUAUCAACUAUUUGCAACAAAAACAAGCGGCAGGGAUCAUCAAUGUAGCACGACCAGGCAGCUCUCAGGUGAGUGAGAGUAUAUAAACAUUUCCUCUGCGAAAGGUAAAGUUUUUACAGAACUCGUCAAUCACGAAUCGAUAUCACUAGCUGGUGCUGGUGAUGCUGGGUUUUUUUAUCUCCAAAUGAUGGAUGCAAAAGCUGUGAGUUGUUAAGGCUGGUUAGCCCUUUCAUUCCCAUCAGGAAGAGGUUCAUGUAAGACGCCAUGAUGAGCACCUUAGUCUAUUUGGCAAACUUUACCGCCCUCUCCCUCUUUCCGCUGCUACAUUUUUCCUAAUAAUAUUUUCUUUGCAUAUUUCAGCUAUAUUUUUGGUUUUCCUGACGUUCGAGGAUAGGGUUUAUUAAGAAUGGUUAAUUAUUUAAAACUAAGUUGAUCAUGUAAGUAUUUAGGUUGUUAUAAUUUUUUUAUUGUUUUGUCCCUCAGCCUAGCUAUGUUCUUCACAUUUUCCCGCCGUGCGAUUUCGCCCAGGAGCACUUGGCUCGAGUUUCUCCAGACCUCUUGGACAGCGCUGCCGACAGUGGGCACUUAAUGGUUGUGGUAGCCUCUGUAUAGAAAUAAUGGAUGACAUUUGCGCGAGAUAGCUCGUUGAACUGGAAUAUACCCCCUCUACUGUGUGGAAGAGAACUACCACUGGGAGAAACAACAUUCGGGGCUCUGAUGUGAUUGGAUCCCUAAAACUACGGCAACCUCGCUACUUCUUACUACCGAGUAGAUGGGUAUUUCUGGAACCGUAAAGGAGUUAUUGACCGAAGAGACAUGGUAUCUCUGGUCUGAUUGGCCAGAGCAAAGACUCUGAAGUUACAAACAGCGCUGUGCGUUCAGUAGAAGAAACAUUGACGUUUCUGUCAUAUCUGAGACUCCUCAGGUUGACGCCCCGUAAAAGAGGCGGGAAAUUUUGUAGUCCAAUCUUUCAUCCGAUCACAUAAUUGUUUCCAAUUAGAGGAAAAAGUUAAUGCAACUGUCACAAUUGUAGUGAAAUUUAGAGUAUUAGUAUUUUCUUAGUCUUGUAAAUUUGCCUUAAGUAGGUUUUUUUAAUUUAUAUAAAUAGCUUUUUGCGAUACGAGUGCCGUAGCAAAUGUAUCCUGGAGUAAAUUCGUUUUUCAAGACAGGAUUCCACAUGGUUUAAGCAGGUGUUUCCACAACGUUGUCAAUAAGCGGUUGCCGGUGGUAUGAUAAUCGGCUGUGCCUGUCGAAGAGGGCGUAAGGCAAAACCUUGUCAUGACAGCCUUCCCGCUGGUGAAAUAGGCGGCAACAGGGGGUCUUAUGGUCAGCGGCAGACCGCCGGUAACCGGCUGUCAUUGAAAACCCUAGCAACGGUGUCUUCCUUGAAGAGUUUAAUUGUUUAUAAAAGUAUACCUUGCGAGAGUUAGGUGGAAAUUAUAGCGAUAUGUUUCUUGUAGACGUUAAAAUAAUAGCUAGAUUCCUGUUUGUGUUAGAUUUCUGUCCUCCCAUACUUGAUUGGAGAGUAGAAUAGUAUUGCAGCAUGAAUAACAGUGUGUUCUCUUUUGUUUUCCUCUGUGUUUUAUAUGUAUAUUUGUCUUUAUGGAUGUUUAUCUCGGUGUGUGGUGUUUUUUGUCGUUGUUCUUUGAUUGUUUUUGUUCGUUUUUUUGUUUUUUUACAUUUUUUAUUUUUUCUCUUAGGAGGUUUGUCUUAUGAAUCGGUUAUUUAUAAAGUGUUCAGUGGUUAACCCUUUACACCCUAAAAUCAGUAUGCAUAUUCUCCAUACUGCUCUCUAUACAUUUCUUUAGAAGUUGAAAAGGAGAAUUUGGUUAAAAAUCAAGAGCUUCUUUCGUUUCUGAUCAUUUCCAUAAUUCUUGUAGCCUUAAUGUUUGAAUCAGAGGUGAUAAUAUAAGUAGAACUAAAUGCUGGUCACUCUAUGGGGUUAAAGGGUUGACUACCAUAAAUUACUAACACAACCCUUCAGAAAAAGAUUGAAUCCUGCACAGCAGCCUUCCCCACAAAAAAUAUUAUUUUGAAGUACACAAAUCGAGAACUCAUGAGACCGGAUUGGCAAGCUUUAAAAAUUUUAAUGUUGCCCCAAAGGAUUAUUUUCUCUGCAAACGAGCAAAUGCAAAGCUUGUUCAAAUUUUUCUGGAUUGAUGAGUGGCAAUUUUAAAUGAAACUAAUUUUAAGUGUAGAUGUGUAAAGC